AUGUCAUUAGUUCAAUCAGCGGAUUAUUAUCAAGUAUGUCCAGCACGUGACGAACACUGGCGUCGAUUCGGUUCGUCUGUAUUUCGUAUGCACAUCUUGCGAACGACGGAGCCGAAGAUUGAUAAAUAUAUUCACAUCCAACACAACGGCUAUGCUCAUAUUCAUAACGAAACGCGCUUAACAGUAGCGAAAUGGUAUGGCGCUGAUCAUGAAGAACUUUAG